AAAGCUAUUAUUACGAAAUGAAGAGACCGAUUAAAAAUUGGCUGAGUAGAGUGCGUAGUAGGGACUAUAAAAGUCUAGUAAUUGGCGUAAGGUAAUCAAACGCUUACAAACCGUGAACGGAGUCAGCUAAACAUAUUACAAAAUGAAAUUCUUCCUCGUUGCUUUUGCCGCCAUCCUGGCUUGCGCCAGCGCUGAUGUCUCUGAGUUGGGCUACAACUACCAGGAACCCGCACCUGUGUCAUUCAAUGUUCCAGCCCCAGCCCCAGUACCAGUUGCUCAACCUGAUCGCACCUACGUGCCACCAGCACCAGCACCAGCACCAGCUCCAGUCCAUGUCCCAGCACCAGCUCCAGCUCCAGUCCAUUUCCAAGCCCCAGCUCCAGCUCCAGUUCAUGUUCCAGCCCCAGCUCCAGCUCCAGCUCCAGUCCAUAUCCCAGCCCCAGCUCCAGCUCCAGUUCAUGUCCCCGCUCCAGUUUACAUCCCAGCUCCAGCCCCAGCUCCAGUUCAUGUACCAGCACCAGCCCCAGCUCCAGUCCAUGUCCCAGCCCCAGCUCCAGCUCCAGUCCAUGUUCCAGCUCCAGUAUAUGUGCCAGCUCCUGCCCCAGCUCCAGCACCAGUACAUUUUGCUGCCCCUGCUCCAGUUGCUCCACAAGAGCAAAUCGAACAUCAUGCUGAAGAUGGUUACCGUUACAAGACUGUCCGCCGUCGCGUCUACAGACGUCGUUAUUAAUUUUGUUUUAUUUGGAUUGAUGUUGAUAAUUCUAUCCGUUGAAACAAGAGUACACUUAACAAAUAAAGAAGAGUUAUAGGUUAUAUUGAAAA